AUGAAUUCAUCAGACGCCGCGCCCUUGACUUGCCAGGCCAAACCCGCCAUUAACGACGCCUACCCCGAGCUCUCCGAAAGACCACUGCUACCAUUUGACGAGAGUCCCGUCGCAGCCUCGAUUGGAGACACAUCAGCCAGUCCCCAGCGACAUUUCACCAACUUCGUCGGAACACCAGCCCAGAUUCACGACCUCCCCGAGGAGCUCUACUCGCGGAUCUGGGAUUUCCUGCUGGAGCCCGACUGCGAAGCCCCUUCCUUCAUCUGGGAGGUGCUCGUCCCCUCGGCGGACUCAGCGCUGCGCGUCCGCCCGGCGCCCAUCGCGGGGGGCGAGAAGCAGCACUAUAUCGACACUCGCGGCAGGACCCUGGGGCGGCUGGCGCUGCUCAACGCCAACGCCCGCUCCUACCUCGCGAAGCGCUACGUGCGGCUGGUCUCCAACGAUAUCUGCGAGCCGCAGCGCGGAUACUGGGUCGACCGGGAGAACGACGUCUUUGCCCUGCUGCGCGAGGUCCCCUACAUCGAGGGCAUUCCGAGGAGGUGGUUUCGUCCCCAGACGUGGGAGGAGCAGGAGAGGUUAAUCCGGACGGCGGCGGCGCUUCGUCACGACCACCCCCACGGCCUCAGGCUCAUACGGAACGUCAUUGCCCCCGUGGCGUGGUUUGCGGACCUGCGAGCGGAAUCUGUACCAUGCUCAGCGAGGUACGCUGCAGUUGUCGACUCCCUGCCGUGCCUCCGCAAAGUUUUCAUUAUCCAGGGACAUGCAUGCGGGUUCAAGCAGUUCCCGGACUGCAUUCACAGAAUACGUCUGCAGACGGGACCAUGGAGUUCGAUACCCGCAGUGAAUCUCGUGUCGAGCAGAAAGACAGCCAAGUGCUGGCCGCAUAAUGCAAUCGACCAGUCAAAUAACAUACCGAUUAGUGAGACGCCUCCCACGAAUCCUUCCCUGCAACUACAUCAGAAGUAUGAGCAUCGACUCUCAUCUACACUCACAGAGCAAUUCAGAGUGUCUUGGCAGCGUUUUGACCAGCGUGGCGUUGGCAAAGUUUGCAUAAAUGGCAUCUGCGAGAUUUAA